GUACGUGCGUGAACGGUGGUGCUUUGAGACGCGCGUUACAUCCUUUCUGUUCUGCUCAUUGUAGCCCCUAUUCUUCAUUAUACUGCAGACUGCAGGUGCUAAACAGACAAGCAAGCUGACAGCAAACAUUUAGCGUCGCUGUGCGUUCUUCUUCGCUGCUCGAUGUAAUGCGAUGCACCCUUCGCUUUACACAGCAGGAUUCGAAAUCGACGUUGACGAGAAACACAAGGCAUGAAAUUUCGCACACUGGUCCGCUCGUCGCUGUCCUUAGCACGGCGACGGUACAGUUGCCUGAUUGUCGCCCUCUUCGUCGUCGGAUAUUUAUUUCCUCUUGUUUUCUUCUACGAACGGUCGUUGAGGGAAACGUUCUUCGACGCUCCGCGCAAUGGGGAAACCUUCAUUAGCGAUGAGGAGUUUUAUGCGUGCGUUGGCGAGCGGCUCGCGAGUAAGAGCGAUCACCCGGGUCGCAUUCCCUUCGUACUCAUGCCCGUGACGAUGGAUUACCAGGACCUCAAGAACUUCUUCUGCAACAUCACAGCCCCCAUGACGUACAUUAUGCUGAUCAACAACGGCGAGUUCAAGCCGCUCCGCGGGCUGCUCGAUCGGCUGGAGCGAAAACUGGAGCUCUAUAUGAAUAAAAACCUGUUUAUCACUCACCACCCGGAGAACAUAGGCUACGCAUCUGCGGUAAACGAGGGGCUCCGGUACGUGAUGUCGUACACCGUGAAGGAGGUGCCGUGGGUCUUUAUCACCAACGCAGAUGUCCGCUUUAGCACAGUACUUGUACCUGAUUUCGUGCGUAACGUGAACGAGAAGACCAAAGACCAAGAAGACCGGCUGCGGAAGCUGAACGAGGAGGUGGCACAAGAGGCGGUGACGGCUUCCAACGUGCCGGACCGUCGCUUCACCUACCGCAGCUCCACGCUGCCCAUCAUUACCGCCACAUCGCUGCCGUACCGGAUUCGUGUCAUGCCGUAUACAGAGAUGCGAAAGCAGUUCGCCGACACUUAUGGCAUCUUCUUCACCAGCUCAAAGCCGCACAUGGCGACUUUUGUCCUUUCACGCCUCUUGCUGGCGACCGUCGGGCUUUUCGACGAAAACUACUACCCCGCCUACGGAGAGGACCACGACUACGUGUGGCGACUGGAGGCGCUGGGCUUCGGUCAGUACGUCUCGCCAGAAGGGCAAUUUAUUCACUUCGAAAACGCCAACCUAAACGUGAACGCGGACGUGAAGACACGCGGCGUCGCAAAGUACACGGCGUACACCAUACAAGGUUUGAAGUUCGGGCGAAUGAAUUACCAGCCCUUUCGCCUAUACUACCGCCGAUCCAAAUGGUUCCCGGACAGUACGGUGUUGGAUGUGGACCACGGACGAAAAAUGCUGCCCUUCAACGGUUCCAUUCCGGUGGACAUGUGGGUCCUCGACUCCAAGCGACGCAACACGAUUUGGCUGAUUGGCGAGGCCAAACUCUGCCGCCGUGACUAUCAACUGUACGAUCUCAAUCUUCUAAGAUUCACUGUCUCGCCAAGAUAA